AGGCCUCGCGGCGGCCGCCAACCGCUCGAUUUGAAUCGCGGCACCGCUCGGGGUGGCGGUGGGAUGGGUGCCCCGUCGUUGCCCGCGGCCUGGCAGCUCUACCUCAAGGACCACCGCGUCUCUACGUUCAAGAACUGGCCCUUCCUGGAGGGCUGCGCCUGCACCCCGGAACGGAUGGCCGCGGCCGGCUUCAUCCACUGCCCCACCGAGAACGAGCCCGACCUGGCCCAGUGCUUCUUCUGCUUCAAGGAGCUGGAAGGCUGGGAGCCGGACGACGACCCCCUGGAGGAACACAAGAAGCAUUCGUCGGGCUGUGCCUUCCUUUCUGUCAAGAAGCAGUUCGAGGAGCUGACCCUCGGUGAAUUCCUGAAACUGGACAAAGAAAGAGCCAAGAACAAAGUGGCAAAGGAAGCCAACCAUAAGCAGAAAGAGUUUGAAGAAAUCGCAAAGAAAGUCCGCAGUGCCAUCGAGCAGCUGGCAGCCAUGGAGUGAGGCCCCGCGCACUCCUGGACCCUCGGAGGGCGUGGUCGCCAAGGCUUGGUCCCCAGUGUCGCCGCUGCCUGUGGCCGUGGCCGUGACCUAGGGAAGGAGGCACUGACCGCGUGGAGUGAGAACUUAAGCCGCCGUGUUUUCUCGUGAAAGCGGGGCCACGGCGUCCUGUCUGCGCCUGGCGUUGCUGAGGGCCGCGCUGAUUCUCUUUCUUUGGUUGCCACGGCUUAUGGAUCCUGGAGGUGCAGGGGGGUGGGGGGGGGGCAGGUGUGGGCACGUGGGCUUCCGGCUCACAGCCUGAGAUUUAUACGAGCGCAUCAUAGGUCUUUGCUGCUGGACGAGUAGAGGAUGAAGGAUGCCAGUUCACGUGCUUCUGCAUCAUUAAGCCUAAGCUAUGGCGUGCA